AUGGGCCGGAUCAGUGCCGCGGGCGUGACGACCCACCUCCACCGGAACAUGCUGCGGCGGAGCGCCUCUGUCCCUCGCGGCCUGCCGCCCGGCGAGGAGAUCACUCGGCGCCGACGGCUGCCGUUCAGCGUGAAGAAGCCGUGCCCUCCGGCGUGGGUGGUCUACAUUGACAACCUGGAGGUCGCGGAGGUCGUGAGCAAGUCCGAGGCCGCGACGCUGCGAGGGACGGUGCCCGAGCUCAUCUCCGAGGCUCGCGCCUGCUAUUGCGGCUUUGCCUACACCUGGAAGUGGCUCGCGAACCCGCGCACUGGCGGCCGCUUCAGCGUGAGCGUGGUCGAGGGCCUCUUGAUGUGCCUUGCGCUGUCAGGGCUCUGCGUCGCUGACCUGCGCCUCGAGGUCGACCCCCUGGUGACCGCGUCGGAUGCCUCGGAGGCCGCUGGCGCCGUGGUCUACGGCUACGCCCUCUCCGACCGUGGGCGCGCGCUGGCCGAGAGGCGGCAGCGGCCCGCGAACGCCGCCUGCGAGGAGGAGACCGGCCUCGUGACUGUCUUCGACGGGAUCGGCGGCGGGCGCCGGGCUAUCGAGAUCCUCGGACUGGUCCCUGCCGUGCACCUGUCGUUCGAGGUUGACCCCGCGGCGGUGCGGGUGGCCCGGCGCCGCGUGUCGCGUGUGCUGGUGGUGGGCGGCUUCCCGUGCCAGGUCUUCGCGGGUCUCAACGUCGCUCGGCAGGGCCUCGACGACCCGCGCGCAGGCCUGGUUGACCACAUGGUGCGGAUCGUGGACGGGCUGCGGGCGGCCAUGCCGGAGGCGUCAAUCGACUUCCUCGGGGAGAACGUCGCGUCGAUGCCCGAGUGCGACGUGCUGCGCCUGAACCAGCUCUUCGGCCGCAUCCCGCUGGAGAUUGAGGCUGAGCCAGUCGUGGUGCGGGCCAAGACCCAGGACGUUCGGCGCGCCUGCAAGGUGGCGCUGAAGACCCAGCGGCCGCCGCUCGAGGAGUGGCUCCCGCCCGGGGCUGUGUGUCCAGGUCCCGCUGCGGGGGGACCGCUGCCGACCUUCGCGCGCUGGACGCCGCGCUCGCAGCCGCGCCCCAGGCCUGCGGGCAUCGGGGAGUGCAGCGCUGCUGAGCUGGCGCGCUGGGAGGCGGCGGGCUUCGCUUCGCCGCCCUACCAGUUCCGUGACAAGUGGUGCAUCCACCAGGCGGACGGCCGCGUGGAGCCGCCUGACGCGACCAUACGAGAGAAGCUGAUGGGCUUCCCGGAGGGCCACACCGUGCCGCGCAUGACGAGCAGCCAGGCGAAGGCCGAGCCCGCCAAGUACGAGGCUCUUCGGCGGUCGCUCGUGGGCAACUCAUUCCAGUGCGAGGUGGUGGCCUGGAUCAUCAGCCACUGGGCCGUCGGAGCUGGGCUGCUGGUCUCAGUGCCCUCGCUGGGUGAGCUGCACGAGAGUGCGCGAGCCUGGGCUGGUGGCAGGAAGCUGUGGGCCGGCGACGUGACGUCGCCGCGGUGCGGUCGCUCCGAGAUCGACGAGGACCUGCACGCCAAGCUGGACCAGGCUGGCGGCCCCAUCUACGUGGGUCGUGGGUCUCGCCGGUGGGGGCUGGCUGCCUCGCGGUGGGGCAACCCCUUCACGAUCAGCCCCAGGCGGUCGCGCGAGGACGCCGUUGCCCUGCUCGCUGGUUGGAUCCGCGCGCAGCCAGCCCUCCUGCAGAGCUUGGAAACGCUGCGCGGGGCCCUGCUGGUCUGCCACUGUGGGCCCGGCCGCCAAGCGUGCCAUGCGGACAUCCUCUUGGCGGAGUUGGCGAAGCGUGACGUGGUGGAGUGGCGCGAGCUGGACGCGUCCAGACGCAUCGUCAUGGGGCUCGUCAUGGCGUGCCACAACAACGGAGCAGACAUCAGGACCGAUGGCGCCUCGGAGGCGCUCGGCAAUAUCUCCCCGCGGCAGGAGAUCGACUCAGGUAUUUGGCAGUGGCGCAAGGCAAGGCAGCUAGUGUGGGAUGCAGCGGAGCACAUCAACGUUCUUGAGUGCCAGGGCGCGCUGAUGAUGAUUCGAUGGCGGGGGCGGUCGGUGCGCCGCCACCAGUGCGUCUUCCUGCACCUGCUCGACAGCAUGGUCAACAUCGGUGCGCUGUCCAAGCACCGUUCCAGCAGUCUUCAGCUCAAUAAGGUGGUGCGGACCUUCUCGGCGUGGGAGCUUGCGAUGGGCGCGCGGGCGGUCUUCGGCUUCACGUCGUCGGCUCGCAACCCCGCGGACGCCCCCUCGCGUCUCCGCGAUGGGGAAGCGGAAGCUGGACUGGGGAAGCUGAGAGACGCCAGGAUAAAGGCCUCGACACUGGCCCGCUACCGUGGCGCAGCUCAGCGUUUUGUUGACUACCUUGCUGCCCGUAACCUGCCGCUGCCUUUCACCUGGGACGAUAUUGACAUCUGCCUGCAAGAUUACCUUGAACACUUGUGGGCCGAGGGCGCCACAAAAGGGGAAGCUAAUGACACCCUCAGCGGCGUGCGGCACCUGCUGAGGACACGGCGCCGCUAUCCUGGAGCUUGGCAGCUGCUGACGGUCUGGGGCAGACCGGAGAUCCUUCAGCGCGCGCCGCCGAUGCCUGCCCAGGUCUGCACGGCGCUCGCCGGUUGGGCGCUCAGCCGCGGAGAGGUGGCCUUCGCGGCCGUGCUGCUCGUGGCCUUCCACCUCUGUCUCCGCACUGGCGAGGCUUUGGGGCUGAGCGGCGGCGUCAUCUUUUUGAAGCCCUGCGGCCGAGGCGCGGUGUCGUUGCCCUGGACCAAGACCUCUUGCCAGAAGGGCGCGCGGGGGCAGGUCACGCUUGACGACCCGCUGGUUGGCGCAGUCGUCCACAUGCAGCUCCAGCGCGACAGCCGGCUCUGGCCCGGCACGACGCGCGCCUUCCACGACUUGUUCCGUGCUGGGCUCCAGCAGAUCGGUUGCAAGCACCUCGCCCUGUCACCUUACAGCCUGAGGCGCGGGGGUGCCACGCGCGAGUUCCUGCUGUCGGGCGACUUGUCUAAGGUCAUGCUGCGAGGGCGCUGGGGCUCGGCAAGAACGGCAAAGAUAUACAUCCAAGGCGGGGCUGCCAUCAUCGCCGAGAUGAAGCUCCAGGAUCGUACCCGUUCGACGCUCCAGCAGUUCUCUAAUGCACUGUUCGCUCGAGCCGUCGAGCCUCCCCUGGCCCCCGAGGCCGUGGAGCGUUCUGGCCCCAGUCUUCCGUGA